AUGAAGGACUCAACCGCCAUGGAAACGGAAUCCCACCAUGCAGACGGCGAAUUCGCGCAUUCGCCCUGGGUUGAUAUGGGCACUUUCACCUCGCCGCAACACUCACCGCCGAUGCCCGAAUACACUGGUUUUGACUAUGGCCACUCGAUCAUGCCCGUGGAUACCCCGUACGGCAUGUCAAUACCGCCGCCCUACGCCUCGAUGCCGCUACCCAUGCCCUCGCAUUCGUGGCCCAGCAUGCUGACCACCCAAUCGCCUUUCCACGAAAAUGGCCCCCCGCCGGUCUCGGCUCCACAGUCGGUUUCGCCGUCGGUGCCUGCGCCGCCGGCUCGCAAGGCCUCGACGGGCGGUGCGACGCCGCGCAGGACCUUGACGGAUGAGGAUCGGAGACAGAUGUGUCUGUACCAUGAGGAGAAUAAGACGGCGAAACAGACUGAUAUCGGAGCAUUGUUUGGUGUGGAAAGAAGUACUGUCUCCAAAGUCCUACGACAAAAAGAAAAAUAUCUCAACCCAGACGAUGGAACUCGAUCCCCCAUCAAGCGGGCCAAGGGCCGAGUCCCAGAUAUCGAAAAAGCCCUCUCCAACUGGGCCCGCAACUACCAACGCCAGGGCUUCCCACUCAACGACGAAAUGAUCAAAGAGAAAGCCCUCUUCUUCGCGAGCACCUGCGGCUGUCCCGAGGGCAAGGCCAAGGUCCGCACAACCGCCUGGCUCGAGAAAUUCAAGCAAAAGAACAGCCUACUCGGCGCAAAGACCCGCAAGGGCUCCGGCAUCCGCAGUGGCUCCGACAGUCCAACGCGCAUCAACACUGACUCCAACAGCGACUCCACGAUCCACAGUCCAAGCGGUCGCUCGCCUGUUUCUCCAACAACUCUUAACGGCUUUGGCUCACCACUUUCUCCCACGCAAAGCCACGACGGUAUCAAGCGUGAGUCGCUCGAUGCUCUCCCCGAAUUGGCGGGCGGGUAUCAGCACAACCAUUCCAAAAGCACGACUUCGCUCGACACCACCUCGACAGGAAUGACCAGUCCCGCCUCCACGCUCGUCUCAGACAGCCCCUUCACACCAACAAGCCAGCGCCUCCCGGGCCUCCAGUCCCGACCACGCAGCCAGACCUUCCCGCUCGUCCCCAUCGAUCCCACCCUGCUGACAGCAGACGAGUCAAUGGAGCACCCCUCCAAGACCGAGUCGCAACCCGUCUCUGUCCUCGAGUCACCACUGGAACUGGGCGACGAGGAAGCGCGGAAUGCAAUCAAGGGCACCGAUCCCAGCAAACUGAUCAAGCGCAACCGAAGCAACCCCGAGAUCAAGACCAAGUCCAUGCAGCCCCCGACCACGAAGAGCAGCACAACCUCGCCCAUCGCCCCCAGCUCCCCGACACAGGAACAGUGCCGUGAUGCACUCGAGCUCGUCAUGAGCUUCUUCCAGAACCAGCCAGCUGGCCUGGCGCCGCAGGAGUAUGUGACUAUCGGCAAGCUGAUGGAAAGACUCGAGCUGGGUAAGAGUCCUCUGGGCAACUUGCCGAGAAUCGACGAGCACGAUGAUGGUCCUUGCAUUACGAAGAAGCGCAGUAUUCACAAUCUCGGGUGA